AUGGCGAGCCGCACGGGUAGUCUCGGAGGCGAGGGGAGCGCGCCGCACGUCCUCGCGGUGGACGACAGCUCCGUCGACCGCGCCGUCAUCGCCGGCAUCCUCAGGAGCUCACAUUUCCGCGUGACCGCCGUCGACAGCGGGAAGAGGGCGCUGGAGCUGCUGGGCACCGAGCCCAACGUGAGCAUGAUCAUCACCGACUACUGGAUGCCGGAGAUGACAGGAUACGAGCUCCUCAAGAAAGUCAAGGAGUCGUCCAGGCUCAAGGAGAUCCCUGUGGUGAUCAUGUCCUCGGAGAACGUGCCGACCAGGAUCAACAGGUGCCUGGAGGAAGGCGCCGAGGAUUUCCUGCUGAAGCCCGUCCGCCCGGCCGACGUGUCGCGCCUCUGCAGCCGCGUCCUCCGGUGA